AUGGCAGGCGGCCAUAUGAAAUAUCGGCAUCUCGGCCGUGACUCAGCCCACCGCAAAGCGCUCCUGCGAAACCUCGUCACAUCCCUCUUCGAGCACGAAGCAAUCACAACCACCUGGCCAAAGGCCAAGGAGGCACAACGCAUGGCGGAGAAGUUGAUCACGUUGAGCAAGAAGAAUACGCCGACGAGUCGGCAAAAGGCGCAGGCAGUGUUUUUCAAACCGGAGCUCCUAACCAAACUCUUCGGGCCCAUCCGCGAACGCUACCUAAACAGACCCGGUGGUUGCACGCGCGUACUACGCAUCGAACCCACAAAACCUGACCAGGCGCCCUCCGCCAUUCUCGAACUAGUUGACGGACCGAAAGAUAUGCGCUUUGCCAUGACGGCGCGGACGCUGGCUCGCAAGCGUGCGGAGGGCGAUGAGAGCAUGAAUGAGCUUACGGCGUUGAAUGUGCUGAAGGUUACGAGAUUUAGGCCUGACGGAGAGAAGGCGUUGGAGAAGGAGGUUGAGAGGAUCCAGAGGGAGCAGGAAAGGAAGAAGAGGGAGGAAGGGGAGGAGGUGGAUUAA